AUGCACAAGAAGAGCAUGGAGGCAGCCGCUCAUCUAGAACAAGUAGAAAAAUCCAGCGAUGUCAGCGAGAGCGACAGCGAAGAUGGACCAUCGAGUCGCAGUUCGAUGAACGCUGGUAUGAGACCUCACUACCACGACGAUAAUAAGCUGAUCGGUCAGCUGAAUCAGCAACGACCACUAAUGGAUCACAUGCACAAUCACGGGGCUUUCGUUCUACCAACUCAUGCGAAGCUUUACGAACAAUGA